CCGACUGUGUUUCCAUGACAACGGCACUCGCCGGGGUCCUAACGUCCGAGGGCAAGUUUCAAACCAUUGGCGGGAGAAAAUGAUUAAAGCUUCUUUCAUUAUCGCUAUUUUAUUGUUAUCCUCGAGUCGUUUUAUUUAAAAAAAUAUCAAUUCUAUAUUGUAAAUUAUAUCUAAACAACCCAUCAAUAUCAUAAGAAAAGUCUGUGAGCUCUGCUUUAACGUUACCGCCCUUCCUUCUUUUGACUUUCUACAACUUCGUCUAACUGCAUCUGUCACAAACACAUCUCUGCGUCUCUUUCAUCAGAAUGCAAUCUUCUAAAUUUGUAGGCAAGUGUGGGAAUUUCGCCGUGCUGGUGGAUCUUCAUAUACUGCCUUUAGGCGGCCAAAACAAUGCCAGCUGGUUCUCUCCAGAGCACAGGAAGGAAGUGGGCUCCCUGAUUAGAGGAGCAUUGGAGCUGAGGGUGAGGCAGUUUCAAGAGGCCAGAUACCAGAAGAUCCAGCCCAAACCGAGGAAGGAUCUCACCUUGACCGCCCCGCUCUGUCUUGAAGGUGGGAAUGUUCACCUAGCGGUGCACUUCAUGAAACGACACAUCAACCUGAGAUGCAUAGUCAGGCAGCACUACAGAGAGUUGCGUGUGUUUCCCGAGCGUGUUGUAGUGUGUGCCAGUCCUCUAGAGAAUUCUGCACUUCCCAAUGGAAAUCUGAACCUGGAUGUGAGUGAACCAAGCCAUUCAAAGUAUUUUUCUAGCUCUGUCGAGACAACAGAUCCAUUACCCAGCUCCACAGCUACAAAAAGAGCCAUCCUUCAGAAGAUUGCCAGGCAGGCUAGCAUCCAACCCCAACAGCGGCAAGAUGAUCAAGAGUCUAAAUCAGCCCAAUUCCAAGCGGACAAUGCUGAGAAGGGCUCUGCCGAAACAUGUCAUCCUGUCACCAUAUCGUCUGGCAGCUUGCUCACUGGUGAGUCAUUGGAGGAAGGGAAAGCUGUGUUGUCAUCUAAAUUAAGUAACAGUAAAGAGGUCACAGAACCACAUCUUGACACUACCGGUCCGAGGAGACGUCCACGGACCCCAAGUAGCUCAGGAGAACAUGCUGACCGCCAAAAGACAAAAAUAUCGCUUCUUGGAGAGCCUGCAGCAUCAAGCGAUUCCAACAAUCCCUCUUCCGACAUUGCUGCACCAGACUCUGUUUGCAAUCCCCAGCCUGAGAUUUCACAGACUAACCAAAGUGGGCUGGCCGCAAGUCUGAAAGGCCUAUCCGUCAAGCCCGUAUCCUCUGGCUCCUCUAUUAGUUCCAGAUCGGUCGCCAGAGAGGGAAAGAAGGGGGGUGAGUCCAGAACAUCCCGAUUACGCCGACUCAAGUAGCCCUGAGGGGCGCAGCGGCACAGAACGGGAGAGGAUGUCUGACGCCACCACGAUGGAUGUUACAGUACACACUUCUACUGUAAUACUGUCUGUCAGCGGCGGUUGCACAAGAGUUCACCACACACAGUCUCUGCACAUACAGUACUUCCCUUCUCCCUUUAAACUGAAAAACACACAAAACUGCUUAAACGCUUGAAUUAGAUUACCAAGAAGCUCUCAAAUAUUUGAAUAGACUCUACUAGCAACAGCUUAAAAGGAACUCAAGCAAACAGUAACUUCACUCUAAACAAAAACACGAAUGUAGUUCGCGUUUUCGGUGCAAGAUUUGUAUUUCAGACUAGCGGGAGCCGUUGAGCACACUAUGGCUUCAAGCCCAAAUCUCUGGCUCCAUCCGUCUGAAAUCUCCACUCUUCCAGCUUCAGCUGAGCACAUGAUUGAUUUCGCUGUGUUCUCACAUACACCGCGUUCCUUAAGCGAUCAGGGGUUUUCACCAUUGGAGCCGACUGCCGUCUCCCUGCGGUUAUUAUUUGUAAAUGUGUUAUUGCUUUUCAUAACAGCUAAAAGUCUGCUGCAGGAUGACUGACAACGUUAUGGAACGCUGUAGUGGUGCUCGCGUUCGAUAUUUGGCUAAUCACGGGUGCAGUCGACAUUGAUGUAGUGCGUGAUGGCAGGAUGAUUAUAUGUAUGGGCAUAAAUUCGUUGAGUCACAUGCUUUAUUUUCCAGCCGUGCUUACAAAUCACUUGAUGUUUAUGUAUUUAGUAUAAUAGAUAUGUGUCAUAAAAACGUUAUCAGAAUAUACAAGCAUUGUGCUGUAAUAAUCCCAUAACGUUGCAGUCGGAAUGCUUCUGGUUUAGAGUUAGAACACAUUUUAAAGUAAUUUCACUGUAUGUUCUGAUGAUAUGUAAUAAAAUUUGAAUCAAUAAAAUUUUUGUAGUGAGAUCGUGAACUAAAUGUCCAUGGAAUAUAUGAAAUCAUCACUUUGUUUAUGCAAUAUACUG